CUGCAGCUCUAUUCACGGCGGCGCCCGCGGGGCCCUUUCAUCCCGGGCAUUGUUCCGCGGGGCUGGUGAUGCCGCCGCUUUGUGCUGAGGUUUGGAGGGUGCUGCUGAUGCGACGCCCGGGCAGGCUGCUCCGCACCGGCCCUGCGGCACAGUCAGUGGCCGGGGGCCAUGGAGGUAGCGUAGCCGGAGCGCUGGGGAAAAAGCUAUGCAGGAUUCCCCCGGUUCUCUGGUGAUGGAUGGGUACUCCAGCAAUGUGCCAGCCUUCCUGACCAAGCUCUGGACGCUGGUGGAGGAUCCUGAAACGAACCAUCUCAUCUGCUGGAGCACUAAUGGCACCAGCUUCCAUGUGUUCGACCAAGGCCGGUUCGCCAAGGAGGUGCUGCCCAAGUAUUUCAAACACAACAACAUGGCCAGUUUUGUGCGGCAGCUGAACAUGUACGGCUUCAGGAAGGUGGUGAACAUUGAGCAGGGCGGCCUGGUGAAGCCCGAGCGGGACGACACCGAGUUCCAGCACCUCUGCUUCCUGCAGGGCCACGAGCACCUCCUGGAGCACAUCAAAAGGAAGGUGUCAGUAGUGAAAAGUGAGGAGACCAAGAUGCGCCAGGAGGACCUCAGCAGGUUGCUAUACGAGGUACAGAUACUGAGAAGUCAGCAGGAGAACAUGGAGUGUCAAGUGCAGGACAUGAAGCAGCAAAAUGAAGUGCUCUGGAGGGAGGUUGUUUCGCUCCGUCAGAACCACGCGCAGCAGCAGAAGGUGAUCAACAAGCUGAUUCAGUUUCUGUUUGGCCAGCUCCAAUCAAACCCCGGCAGCACCGGGAUAAAGAGGAAGCUCCCUCUGAUGCUGGAUAAUGGGAUCUCAACUCCGCAAGUGCCCAAGUUCGGCCGGCAUCUGCCCACGGACCCUCUCCAUGACCCCUAUUUCAUUCAGUCGCCAUCAACAGAACCUGCCUCAUGCCUAAGCAGCCCUGCAAUUGCUGGAGGACCCAUCAUCUCUGAUGUUACUGAAGCAGCACCAUCCAACUUAAUAAAUAUGCAACCCCCUCCUGAGAACGACAGGGAGAAGAGCCUGCUGCUCAUCAAGGAGGAGCCGGCGAGCCCCGGCGCCAAGGCGGCCGCGGAGCGCGAGCCGCCCCUGCUGCCCGUCGCCAUGAUCCAGUCCGUGCUGGAGGGCAAGGGCAGCGGCGGCGCYGCCGSGACGGGCGCCCUGGUGCCGCCGCCRGCCGAGAGGAGAGGCCGGAGGGCGCUGCUGGACAGAGCAGAUAUUCCCGACCCGCUGGAGGGCCCCGACCUGGGCCUGGAAGGCCUGCAGCUGCUGCUGAGGAGCCAGCAGUACAGCCUGGAGCCCRCCGGCGUCCUGGACGUCUUUAAUCCCAAUUUGUCCUUGGGCGAGUGGAAUUUGACCGAAAUGGAAGCCAGUUUGUCCCCGAUGCAGCGCCUCGCGGUGGAUCUGGAGAAGAGUGCAGCUGAGCUGCCCCCGAAGGCGUUCAACCCGCCCUUGAGCAGCGCCUGCCCAGGGAAGGAUGUCGUUCUUGAAAGCACCCAGCAGUUCCUCGCUGAUCGUCAGUCGGUCUUUGGAAGUGACCUUAUCAGCUUGCCUGAGAGUUCAUCGCUUUACGUUCCAUCGGAACACAUGGCUCCUUACCUGUCCUCCACGGCGGUCCAGGGGGAUAUCCCRUUAAACCUGAGUGCUUCAACUGAGAGCAGCCAGUGA